AUGUCCAAGAGAAAAGCAGACGAGAUGACCAAACCAGAGCAAAAUGCCUGCCUGAUCGUCAUUGACGGUUGGGGAGUACCCUCCGCCGACUCCCCCAAGAAUGGAGACGCCAUCACCAACGCGAAGACCCCGGUCAUGGACGCCUUCGCCAAGAGCACUACCGGUUACACUGAGCUCGAGGCUUCUUCCCUCGCCGUCGGUCUGCCCGAGGGCCUCAUGGGCAACUCGGAAGUCGGCCACCUGAACAUUGGCGCUGGCCGUGUCGUCUGGCAGGACGUCGUGCGUAUCGACCAGACCAUCAAGAAUGGCGAGUUCAGCAAGACUCCCGUCGUCAAGAAGACGCUUGAGGCUGCCAAGAACGGCAACGGCAGACUGCACCUGUGCGGUCUCGUCUCUCACGGUGGCGUGCACUCUAAGCAGAAGCACCUGUACGCUCUUCUCGAGGCCGCCAAGGAGUACCAGGUGCCCGAGGUCUACAUCCACUUCUUCGGCGAUGGCCGUGACACCGACCCCAAGUCUGGCGCUGGCUAUCUGCAGGAAUUGCUGGACACCAUCAAGGAGCUCGGCAUCGGCAAGCUGGCCACCAUUGUCGGCCGUUACUACGCCAUGGACCGUGACAAGAGGUGGGAGAGAGUUGAGCUUGCCCUCAAGGGCCUGGUCCUUGGCGAGGGUGAGGCGAGCAGUGACCCUGUCGCCACUGUCAAGGAACGAUAUGAGAAGGGCGAGAACGACGAGUUCCUGAAGCCCAUCAUCGUGAACGGUGAUGCUGGUCGCAUCAAGGAUGACGACGUCGUCUUCUUCUUCAACUACAGAUCUGACCGCGCCCGACAAAUCACACAGCUCCUUGGAGACGUCGACCGAUCACCAAGGCCCGACUUCAAGUACCCCAAGAUCAACAGACUCGUGACCAUGACCCAGUACAAGGUCGACUACCCCUUCGAGAUUGCCUUCGCACCUCAGCACAUGGGCAACGUCCUCGCAGAGUGGCUCGGCAAGCAGGGCGUUGAGCAGGUACACGUCGCCGAGACGGAGAAGUAUGCCCACGUCACUUUCUUCUUCAACGGCGGUGUCGAGAAAGUGUUCGACCUCGAAACUCGUGACGAGUCUCAGGAUCUCGUCCCAUCCAACAAGUCCGUCGCCACCUACGACCAGGCGCCCGAGAUGUCCGCGGACGGCGUGGCCAACCAGGUCGCCAAGCGUCUGGGCGAGCACAAGUUCCCCUUCGUCAUGAACAACUUUGCCCCACCAGACAUGGUUGGCCACACCGGCGUGUACGAGGCCGCGUUGGUCGGCGUCGAGGCCACCGACAAGGCCAUCGGCAAGAUCUACGAGGCCUGCAAGAAGGAGAACUACAUCCUCUUCAUCACGUCCGACCACGGCAAUGCCGAGGAGAUGAAGUUCCCCGACGGCAAGCCCAAGACCAGCCACACCACCAACAAGGUGCCCUUCGUCAUGGCCAACGCGCCCGAGGGCUGGAGCCUCAAGCAGGGCGACACCGGCGUCCUGGGCGACGUCGCCCCCACCGUCCUGGCCGCCAUGGGCCUGGAGCAGCCCGAGGAGAUGUCGGGCAAGAGCCUGCUCGUCAGGGCUUAA